AAGGGCUCGGGGUGGGAAUCGUGUCCCCGCCGCCAUCGUGUCCCCGCGUGGGGACGCGACAAUGGCGGUGGCACCGCGAGUGUCGCCCGGCCCUGUGCCAGUGCCACCCUGCGCUUCCCGAGGAUGCCAGGAGGAGCAAACACAGCUGAGCCCAAAUUUGAGGAGUUUCAGGCCUGAGCUUCAUCGUCAUCGUCAUCAUCUUCCUCUGUGUGCUUCUUCCCCCCCCGCCAUCCACCCACCCACCCAUCCCAAAAUCCCGCCGAGCCCGGCGCGUCCAUGGUGCGGGAAGGCGGCAUGGCCCGGACCCCCUACAGCUCCACGCAGGACAUCCAGAUGGACGUCUUGGACAACGCCGCGCUCCAGGGCAAGUACAGCCGGCGCAAGAGCCGCUUCAAGCGCUCGGACGGCAGCACCUCCUCCGACACCACCUCCAACAGCUUCGUCCGCCAGGGCUCGGCCGAGUCCUACACCAGCCGCCCCUCGGACUCGGAUGUGUCGCUGGAGGAGGAUCGGGAGGCGCUGCGCAAGGAGGCUGAGCGCCAGGCCAUGGCUCAGCUGGAGAAAGCCAAGACCAAGCCGGUUGCCUUCGCCGUGCGCACCAACGUGGGCUACAACCCCUCGGCCAGCGACGACGUGCCGGUGCAGGGCAUGGCCAUCUGCUUCGAGCCCAAGGACUUCCUGCACAUCAAGGAGAAGUACAACAACGACUGGUGGAUCGGGCGGCUGGUGAAGGAGGGCUGCGAGGUGGGAUUCAUCCCCAGCCCCGUCAAGCUGGAGAACAUGCGGCUGCUGCAGGAGCAGAAGAUGAGGCAGAACCGCUUGAGCUCGAGCAAAUCGGGCGACAACUCCAGCUCCAGCCUGGGCGACGUGGUGACGGGGACGCGCCGGCCCACGCCCCCUGCCAGCGGUGGCCUGGAGGCGCCUGGCUUUGCCUUUGACCCCGAUGAGUUAGAGGAGGAGGAGGAGGCCGUGGAGACCCAGCGCUCCCCUAAGAGUAGCGUCAGCAGUGUCACCACCCCCCCCGCCCACAGCAAGCGCAUCCCCUUCUUUAGGAAGACCGAGCACGUGCCCCCGUACGACGUGGUGCCCUCCAUGCGCCCCAUCAUCCUGGUGGGGCCGUCCCUGAAGGGCUACGAGGUGACGGACAUGAUGCAGAAGGCGCUGUUUGAUUUCCUGAAGCAUCGCUUCGAUGGCAGGAUCUCCAUCACGCGGGUCACAGCCGACAUCUCUCUGGCCAAGCGCUCCGUGCUCAACAACCCCAGCAAGCACACCAUCAUCGAGCGCUCCAGCACCCGCUCCAGCCUGGCCGAGGUGCAGAGCGAGACCGAGCGCAUUUUCGAGCUGGCCCGGACGCUGCAGCUGGUGGCCCUGGACGCCGACACCAUCAACCACCCUGCGCAGCUGGCCAAGACCUCGCUGGCGCCCAUCGUGGUCUACAUCAAAAUCACCUCGCCCAAGGUGCUGCAGCGGCUGGUGAAGUCCCGGGGGAAGUCGCAGGCCAAGCACCUCAACGUGCAGAUGGUGGCGUCGGACAAGCUGGCGCAGUGCCCGCCCGAGAUGUUCGACAUCGUUCUGGACGAGAACCAGCUGGAGGAGGCGUGCGAGCACCUGGCCGAGUACCUGGAGGCGUACUGGAAGGCCACGCACCCGCCGAGCAGCACGCCGCCCAACCCGCUGCUGAGCCGCACCAUGGCCACGGCGGCGCUGGCCGCCAGCCCCGCGCCCGUCUCCAACCUGCAGGCUCCGUACCCGGAGGGGGAGCAGGGCCGCCCCCGGCAGGACUCGGGGGGUCGCGGGCAGGGCAGACCCCCCGCGCCGCCCCCCCGGCCGGGCCCCCGCAGCCUGGCCCGCCAGGACACGUUCGACGCGGAGGCGCCGGGCGCGGAGCGCGGCGAUUCCUGCUGCAUGGACAUCGAGAUGGAGCCCGUGGAGGAGGAGGAGCCCCCCGGGGGCGCGGCCCAGCCGGGGGUCGAGCCCGGGCAGGAGGCUGGGGGGCCGCGGAAGGGUCCGGAGGGGCUGGCCCGGAGCGACGGGCAGGGCUGGGGCCGCGAUGUUUACCUGCGUUAGGGUGAGGGGCGGCGGCCAGCGCUGCUUUUGGGGUGCGGUGCCUUCGUGGCCCCCCCCCCCCAGCCCGGCCAGCGGUGCCGUGGGGAGCCCCCCGCUUUGCCCUGGGGGGUCCCCACUGUUUGCUGAGGGGGGGUCUCCCCCUGCCCCCCGCAUCUCGCGGUGCCUCGGGCUCUCCCAGGGACAGCAAGUGACCAAAGGGGACCCGGCGUGGGGGGGCCCGCUGGGUGCCCCCCGCUUCUCCAUGGUGCUCCGGGCUGUGGGACCCCCGGGCUGGCGGUGGGGGGGGGGUCCCUGCCCCGCCCCACAGCCCGUGCCGGGGGGUGCAUGCGGUGUGUUUUGGGGGCUCCCCGCUGCCCCAGGCUGUGCCCCCCGCCCCCCCCGAGGGGCGGUUUGCAUGUGUUUGCCUUGGAGGGGCUCUGCCUGAACCGGGGGGUGGGGGGUGAAUCUGAGCCAGUUUUGGGGGUCUAACCUGUGCUAACAGCUGCCCUGGCCUGCCUGGGGGGGUGGGGAGGGGGGGGUCCCCGCUGUCCUGGGACCGCGCCCCCCCUUCCCCAGCCCCCCCUCCCGUCCCGUUCCCCACCCCCGCUCGCCCUGUCCAGCCGUGUCCGUCUGUCCGUCCGUCCGUCCGUGAGCCUCUGUCCGUCCCCCCUUUGCCCCCCCCCGCCUCACCCCGGGGCACUGCCUUGUCCUGUGCCCGCCCCGGGGGCGUCCCUUGCGCCCCCCAACUCUGAGGGGUGACCCCACGCCCAGCCCUCACCGCGGGUCGGGGCUCGUCCCGCUGCUGGGGCAGCCCCCCACCCCUGGGGGGUCCCCGGGGUCACUGCCUUACCCAGACCACCAGCCCGGCUCGGGGGGCUCGGGGGGCACCCAGCUCUGCCGCUGCCAAGCCGCCACCCUUGUGUGCCUCAGUUUCCCCCUUUUUUUUUGGGGGGGGGGACUCGGUGUCACUGCCUGCCAAGUGCUUUGAGCCCCCCCUGCCCAAACAGCCAAAAUCCGGGCAGUGGGGACCCCCCCGGCCCCCCCCCCGCGGGCAGAGGGUCGUCCCGUAUUUAUGAUUUAUGUCACUCCACAAACUUUUAAUUUAAAGACCCGACAAAAAAAAAAAAAAAAAAAAAGUUAUUUUAUUUAUUUAUUCUCGUUGAUGUGUGUGUGGGUGUGGGGAGGGGGAGGGUGGGACUCGCCCCGCUCGCUUGAUUCUUUGUAAUAAACAUUUC